AUGGAGGAUCAGCUAAGACAAUUAAAAGACAUUUUCGAUCGGUUCGACAUGGACGCAGACGGAAGCUUAACGAUCUUAGAACUCGCGGCGCUUCUCCGGUCACUCGGUCUGAAACCAUCGGGAGACCAAAUCCACGUUCUGUUAGCAAGUAUGGACUCAAACGGCAACGGUUUUGUCGAAUUCGAAGAGCUCGUAGGCACGAUUCUUCCAGACCUGAACGAAGAGAUCCUAAUCAAUUCCGAACAGCUACUCGACAUUUUCAAAUCGUUCGAUAGAGAUGGUAACGGAUUCAUCAGCGCGGCCGAAUUGGCUGGAGCAAUGGCCAAGAUGGGACAACCGUUGACGUAUAGAGAACUAACGGAGAUGAUCAAAGAAGCUGAUACAAACGGUGAUGGUGUUAUAAGCUUCGGUGAAUUUGCUUCUAUUAUGGCAAAAUCUGCUGUUGAUUAUUUCGGAUUAAAAAUAAAUUCGUGA